CUUUUUAGGUGCAUCGGCGCGGCCAUUUUAGUGCCCUCUGUUAAUCGACGAUCUCGUCUCCCUUGUUUCGGGGUACCUGUCCCGUAUAGUUUUACCCGUAGUUAAAUCUUUCUCCAUCUUACAAGAUGAGGAUUUAUAAAGAUAUAUUUACCGGCGAUGAAAUGUUCUCGGACACCUACAAGGUCAAGCUUGUUGAUAAUGUACUAUACGAAGUAUAUGGAAGGUUGGUCACCAGAAGGGCAGGGGAGAUAGAGAUCGCUGGCUUUAAUCCAUCGGCCGAAGAAGCCGACGAGGGCACGGAUGAAGCCGUUGAAUCAGGUGUUGAUGUGGUAUUAAACCAUCGCCUUCAAGAAACGUAUGCCUUUGCCGACAAGAAAUCUUAUACUGCAUACCUUAAAGAUUUUAUGAAAAAAUUGGUUGCGAGACUAGAGGAAAAAUCACCAGAGGAGGUGGAAGUAUUUAAGACCAAUAUGAACAAAGUUAUGAAGGACAUCCUAAGUCGUUUUAAGGAAUUGCAGUUCUUCACCGGUGAAUCAAUGGACAUUGACGGACUUGUUGGUCUUAUGGAGUAUCGGGAGAUCGAUGGCGAAUCCGUGCCUGUUUUAAUGUUCUUUAAACAUGGGCUUGAAGAAGAGAAAUUCUAAACGAUGCUUAGAUAUUGAACAAAUUAUUAACAAAUUUUAUAAAUCCGGAAUCAAGAUUACGCACAUAGUGGAACGCUGUGAAAGAAGAAAAAUAAAUUAUACUUCCAUUCUGGUAACGCCGAGCAGUUAAUUUUUUUUAGCACGCCGUCAAUUGGUUGGCAAUGAAUUUGCGAAAUGUAAUUAUGGACAUAACAAUGUAGACUGGGACAUCUCGACUGCUUAGAUUGCGUUCGAAACGUGCAUUAUUCUUAUAAAUUAAUUGACAUUGUCUAGUUUGUUUGUUUCCUUUUUAUUCAAGAUUGUUGAUACGUGUUUACACACAAAGCUGGAAUGAAAGAUCGACAAACGAUGUGCGAAGUGAAGUCUCUGUAGUGAUUAAUUUAUCUGGCGACAGUAUCAUUUUCAUCGGUGACCUUUUAUAUGAUUCCCUAGACGAACUGAUAUAUCUAACAUGAAUAAAAGUAAAGUUUUCAUAA